AUGAACUCACGCUACUCAACAGCUGGAAGUGCCCACCAAAGAGAUAUCCGCACACAGCUUUUCAGCUCGCCGUCUCCCCGCCUUCUGAAUGCGUCCACCCCCGCUAGAAUGAGCUCUCCAUACGAUAAAGCACCACAGCAAUCUGCAAAACACAACGAGGCAUUCUUGCUGUCACUAGAAAGUCAGAAUAAUGAAGAAGUUGACCUGAUGAGUCAAAAGGUCAAUGCACUCAAGAAUUUGGGAGUUCGAAUGGGGUCGGAGAUCAAUAAAUCCAUGAAACUCAAUGAUGACAUCUCCAACAACUUUGAGAAGGGUAAAAUCACGUUAAAAAACACUUAUAAUCGCAUGGUGGUCAUGAGCAAGCGAGCAGGGAUCCUGUGGCGCAUGUGGUUGGUCUUUUUUUCCUUGUUCUUUUUGGCAUGCUUCUAUGUGUGGUUGUUCUAG